AUGUUCCAUUUAGCAUGGAGGACCCGGUCCCGAUGCGUCCCCGCCGCCUGGGGAGGCAAAGCGUCGCGCCUGCGAGCCUCGCCGCGCCCGCUCUCGACGCCAUCGUCCUCGCCCGGGCACCCGCCGACGACGCACGCCUUUCCCUUCCCCUACACCGACGACGAGCCGCGCCCGCGGUUGCGCGGCGACUUUGUGCACUCGAACCACGUCCGGAACGAGAUGCUUCGGCACGCCUUUCGGGACGAGUCUCGCGCCAUCCGCGAAGACGUCAAGCACAGGCUCAGCUCGCCCUUUGUGCCCCCGGCCCGCGACUACCCUCUGCCCCAUGCCACCAAGAAGAGCAUGGCGCAGGCGCUCAAGCUGGCGAGGGUCCAUGUCGGCUUCGACUUGAUGACCUCGCGCGAUGAGACGUGCCGCGUCCCCGACUGGGCCGACGUCUUCGAAACCCUCAAGCGCACCACGCCCAAGGUCGGCGACGCCCCCAGCAUGGCCGCCCUGCGCAUCGUCAUGCCCGAGUCGCGCGACCUGGCCGUCGAGAACAGAAAAGUCGAGUUCAUCGAUGCCGCCACCGGCCUCGUCGCCAGGCUGCGCAUGGCCGUCGACCGCCAGGGCCCGUCGUCCUUUUUCCUCCGCGGCCGCGCCUCGGUGCUUGCCAGGGCCGCCGACGAGCUCAUUGCCGCCUGCAAGGACAUCCAAAUCUUCAAGCUGGGCGACGUCGCGGCUCAUGACUACGAGACGAAGCGCCUGUGGCCAGUCAUCGAGGACGCCCCCAACGGCGGCUUCGUCGUGCCGGCCGACAAGCUCGACAACAUGUGGGUGCACCGGGAGCAAACGAGAUACUGGAUCACCAGGCGCUACGAGAACACCCCGAAACCCAUGUACUGGACAAAGGAAACAUUCCAAAGAUACGUCACCACGCUCGCCUGCGGGCGCCUGCGCCCUCACAUGGCCCUGGCCUACUACGGGGAGCCUCGCAAAGGCGGGAGGCUCGUCGACACCGAAGGCGUGAGAAUCAGGCUCAUCCUCGACGCCUUUGAAGACCCUUCCGCGAGAGACUGCAUCACCCCCUGGAUCCUCAAGAUGGCUCUGGCCUUCAUGUCCCACCGCGCCGGCUAUCGCGCCUCGGCCGAGCGUCUCUUCGCCAUGGCCGAGGAGUGGGGCGUGCCCAUGGACACCGAAGUCUACAACAUCAUGCUCCAGGGAUAUCUCUCCAACAACGACGUCGCCCUCUUCUUCAAGACUCUGCGCAAGAUGGUGUCUCGCUUCUUCCAGCCAAACGCGCGCACGUGGCUGCUCUACCUCCGCCUGGUCCAGAAGGACGACAAGAGAAGGCAGAUCAUUGCGGCCAUGUACGAGCUCGGCUUCUUCCAUGACCCGGCCACGCGGCGCGGCAUCGCCGACGUCAUGGCCGGCCACGACGCGUACCUGGCUUUCAAGGCCGGCACGAUGCUGGAGCCCUUUAUGGCGAACCAGGCCUCACGCUACGGCGAGGACUGGCUCACGCCCGGCGCCUUGAACGGCACCCUGAGGGAGUUCUUCCGGUUCUGGAAGAAAGGCCACGCCACCAUCGGCGAGUUCCGCACCAUGAUGGACGAGAAGUUGCCGGAGUCUCUCGAGCUCGGCCUCGACACAUACAACAUCAUCCUCGAGUACUGCGCCGAGAGCCGGGACUGGACGACGGCCCUCUGGGCCAUCGCGCGGAUGCGGGACCGCGGCUGCGAGCCCGACCACUACACGUACCAGGUGCUGCUGCUGCUCGCGCGCAACUCGCGCUCCCCGACCUCCUUUGGCAUCAUCUUGUUCUACGCCGUGCUGGCGCGGCAGCUGCGGACGACGGCGCGGCAGAUUGCCGACGAGGUGCUGAUGGGCAAGUCGCAGGUCUGGUUCUGGAACUACGUCCAGCCGCGCGUCUUCUCCAACAAGAUGGCCCGCGCCCUCGAGGCCAGCAAGCUGGCGCCCACGACCAGCCCGACGGCCGGCGUCGAGUGGGCCAUCCUCAGCGAGUGCGAGGACUACACACCCGUGCAGUCGCUCUGCGGCGCCCUCGGCACCGCCAUCCGCACCCUCGACGGGCCGGUGCACCGCCAACUGUACAACGAGGCGCUCCAUCCCGCCACCAUCAAGCACCCGGACGACUACACCAUCCGGAUGUACGACCUGCGCAGGCGCCGCGCCGUCAUGCUGGUUCACCUCGACUCACGCUUCAAACGCUGGUCGAUGAUACGGCCUGCCGACCCCGAGUCCGACCGGGCCGGCGGCGCGCCCGGGGCCGCGGCCGCGUCUGCUGAGGACGCGGCUGAGACUGGCGAGAACGGGCCUGCUGAGCCUCGCGAGGACCCGGCCGAGGCUGGCGAGCACGAGGCGCCCCCGGCUGAAGGCGACGGCGCUGCCUGGGCAGGCAAAGACGAUGCCCGGGCACGCCUCGCCGAGCGGCGCUUCCGUCCACACAUGUAG